AUGAGGAUCGCUACUAGUCCAAGGUUCUCGAAGUGGCUGAUAAGUGUCAAUGCAUACCCAUUCAAUGAGUUGAGGGCAACAAGGCAUGGAUUCACGUGCAAGCAUGUCGUCAUUUGGGAGCGCAACUUCACCAACCGCCAUGACUACACCUGUGUGCUCGCGAAGACCAUUGAUGUGUCCAUUCUGGAGGAUUUGAUCAUGCAAGGAGGAUGCAAGCCUCUUCCUCCUGACAUGACAGGCAUCAUGGAUUUCAUGUUUGAGCAGGGUCUUCAGAAGAGUCCACCAUGGUACAACCAUGUUGUCUCCACCCUUUCUGAAAUGCUGGAGGGGUCAGAACGAUGUGAAAGGAAGAACAUCUUCAUUGAGUGCAUCUAUUGGUUAGUGAAGGAAAUGAUUACCAAGAGUUAUGACUUCAACUCCAAUGAAGGACAGAUUGUGAUGGAUGCUUGGCAUGGGUAUUGUUCGCACUGGUAUGACUACAACAAUCAAAUCUCCUUCCAGAUAUUGACUUUGAUGAGUGAGACUUUUGUGGAUGAUUGCAUUGAAGACAUUCACAACCUUGGAUUCUUGCAACCCCACCAUGCUGUCCAUUGUGGAACUCUAAUGUGGCAUCAUGAGGUGGUCUUCCUCUCCUAUGAGUCAACCAGUGGCAGUAUCGCUGACAGCAGCCAUUUGGUGGAGGUGGCUGGAAAGGAGAUGGCUGUAUAG